AUGCCUCAAUUAAACCCCGCCCCUUGAUUUUUUAUUUUAAUCCUUUCAUGACUUACAUUUUUAAUUAUUCUCCCCCCAAAAGUUUUGGCCCACGAGUUUACUAACGAACCUACAGUAAUAGGCGCCGAGAAACCCAAACCUGAAUCCUGAAACUGACCAUGAUACUAA